UUUUCCAAAAGGGUUUUAAGCACUUGAACUCCACCACAGUUGGUCAUUGUGUAACCAUCCCAUCUGAUAAUUCAGAUUUGCUACAUCCAUAAGAGACCAAAGCAGGAGCAUAGUCUACUGAUCCAAUGGUUGGAAAUGUAUCAUUGACAUUGUAACCAUCCCAUCAGUAAAGUGAAUAUCUCUAUUCGCCACUUACCACCACCAGGAGGAGCUGCCAGUCAAAAGUAAAAUAAUUGCUGCUUUCUAUUUCCAAUUUCCCUCUUUAUUAAGGCCGUCGCCUCCCUUUCCUAGCAUGUAAACCUUCUAUCUCUUUCCCUUCCUCCCUCUUGCAAAUGUCUCAAAUCCACUUAAAAUCUCCAAAACACUGUGCCAAGCAAGGAAUAAGCAUUGACAAGUCAUACAAGAAAUUAUUUUUUGCCUUCUCUGCAUUUUUUACCUCAGUUUUAGCCUUUAUAUUCCUUAUCUGGCUUGUCCUUCACCCUGAAAAACCACAGUUUUCCCUCAGGGAAGCUGAUAUCUACCAACUCAAUCUCUCUGGCCCUCAGCUUCUCAAUUCUUCCAUCCAACUCACCCUGCUCUCCAAAAAUCCGAAUAAAAAAGUUGGCAUUUACUACGACGAGUUGCAAGCUUAUGCUGCAUAUAAAGGGCAACAGAUAACUGUUGAUACCUCUCUUCCUCCUUUCUACCAAGGACAUGAAGAAAGCAACCUGUUAACAGCAUCUUUAGAGGGAACAGGGCUGCCUGUGGCUUCAUCUUUUGGUUAUGAAGUUGGACGUGAUCAGACUGCUGGGAGAAUAGUCCUAAACCUGAAGGUAAAAGGAAAGCUUAGGUGGAAGGUUGGGACUUGGGUUUCUGGCCAAUAUCGCUUCAAUGUCAACUGCAUCUCAGUUAUGGCCUUUGGACCUACUGCCCCAACAGGUCCUCUGACUUCAAAUCAAGGGACUCAAUGUUCCACUGCUUUGUGAGAUGAUACGUUAACUAACAUGCUCAGCGGUUAUUUUAGGUCUAUCUUUAUCAGCUUGUUGUUCUAUAGUUUUCACUGUUUUAUGUAUUGUAUUCUGUAAACUAGACUUAAUUUUUUAUCAGGAAGAUUGAAACUUCAAGGAUUGUAAUGUUGUAAGUGAUAAUGAAAAGCUUGUUUAGAAUGUUCAUCUUAUCUUGUAUGCUUAUCAUUCUGGCCUGAUUUUGCUUUGCAUGUGCAUGGUGGAGGAUGAAAAAGAAGAUGCAUAGC